GCGACAGAGAAAAGUUCCUACCGGAAGUAACUUAGCUGUGUGGCGAUUUCCGCUUUUGUCACUUUCACCUGCAAAGUAUAAAUUACUAAUAAACGAGGUUGUGUUUCAUUUAGAACAUUUAUUCACAUUUUUUGUUUAAAAAAACUUUAAUGUAAAACUCCUAAGGUAAACGCCCCCCCUCCCUCUAUCCCUAAGAGGCAACAUUGCGCUCGUUUUUAGAGGUAACAACUUUAUUUUGAAAAUUAAAUUGAACAGUCAUUACUACAUAAUUAAUACUUUACAGUUUGAGACAUAAGAAAAUAUAUAAAACAUAGAAUGUCGUUAUUAUCAAUGCGCUUAUUUUUUUUAUUUUUUUAAUUGUUUGUCUAAAAUACUAAAGCGUUUUUAAAACCUUGAUUUCUAUUUAUAAUGUCUGCUGUAGUUUGUGUUGACGCUGUUUCCGGUGGGCGGAGCGACGCUAGCGGGACUCGAACGUUUUCUCUCAAUGAAUUAAUGAUGAGAACAGUUUGUUUUCAUUAAAUAUCAAAUGUCUUUAACACGUUUGGAUCGGAACCGAGGCGGUACCGGUGCUAAGCUAGGUAGCUAGCUGUUAGUGCACGUGAAGGAACAGCUGAUUUAAAACCUCACAUGUCACUGUCUCCUCUGAGGAGGAGGUGCUGUCCACUGACUCCUCUGAGGAGGUGCUGUCCACUGUCUCCUCUGAGGAGGAGGUGCUGUCCACUGACUCCUCUGAGGAGGUGCUGUCCACUGUCUCCUCUGAGGAGGAGGUGCUGUCCACUGACUCCUCCGUGUGGGAGGACAGUGUGAACCUCCAUCAUGCCUGUCCUGUUCCUGGAGCGGGUCCCGUGGCCCAGUCUGCAGACCUACACGGCGCUGAGUGCUGCCUUGCUCACCGGCACCGUCCUCUCCCUCUGCUCCUCCGGCUCCUUCUCUCAGUCCAGCCCGGAGGAGGAGAGCCGCCCCUCGGGGCUCAGAUCCGGGGGACAGGAGCUGGGCUCCGGCUUUGGAGACAUGGCUGCAGAGGUGCUGAUGUCCCUGCGGACAGACCGCGUCCUGGUCUGGGUGGUGGUGAACUCGUCCUGCUGUGUCCUGCUGCUCGUUGCCAGACUCGUCCAGUGGCUUGUCUUCGGUUCCCUGCGUGUCAGUGAGGAACAGCAACUGAAGGACAAGUUCUGGAACUUCAUCUUCUGCAAGCUCGUCUUCGUGUUCGGUGUCCUGAGCGUCCAGACGGUGGACGAGGUGCUGGUGUGGUGGCUCUGGUUCUCGGCCCUGCUCUUCCUCCAGCUCCUGGUGCAGCUCUGCAGGGACCGACUUGAAUAUCUGUCCCUGUCUCCAGCCGUCCCCCUGUCCUCCCGGGUGCUGCUCCUGCUCGUGCUGCUCAUGCUCGGCUGCUCGGGUCUGGCCUCGCUCUGCAGCCGGCUGGCUCGAGGUCGGGGGGGACACGUCGCUGGCUUCAUGGCUGCGGAGUGCAUGAUGCUGACGGUCCGGACGGCACACGUCAUGAUUCGCUCCUCAAUCCACCUGUGGGACGUGAACCAGGAGAACAAGUCCUCCUCCGUGUACUACACCGACCUGCUGGUGGAGCUGCUCCUACUGAGCCUGGACCUGCUGCAUCACAUCCACAUGCUGAUCUUCAGUAACAUCUGGUUGUCUCUGGCGAGUCUGGUCAUCUUCAUGCAGCUCUGCUCCCUCGCUCAGGAGCUUCAGAGGAGAAUCCACCUCCACCUCACCUUCCUGCUGGUGCUGCGCCACAUGGAGACCAGGUUUCCUGUGGCGUCUGCAGAUGAACUGGUGGACGGUGAAGACCACUGUGUCAUCUGCUGGGACGUGAUGAGGUCAGCUCGGACGCUGCCCUGCGGUCACCUCUUCCACAGCUCAUGUCUCCGCUCGUGGCUGGAGCAGGACACUUCCUGUCCAACCUGUCGGAUGUCCCUGGACAUCGGCGGAGGAGGCGGAGCUCCUGUAGAGACCAGAGAGGCCGUCCCAGACAACAUGGCUGCUGCACGGCCGCACCUGAUGUCUCUGAUCCUCUCCCCAGGGUCUCGUAUCGCCCGCUGGUUCUCUGUGGAGCUCAUGGCCACGACCAACUUCCUGCUUGGCAUCGCACCGACCACCCCGUCUCAGAUCAACGCCAUGGUUGUGGAGCACCCGCUCAUACAGGUGACUCCUCCCCCUGAGGGCGACGAUCGGGAGAGCCUGGAGGACGAGGACGAGGAGGCGGCGGCGGAGACACAGAUUCCAGAGGAGGAGGUGAAGGAUGAGGAGAAGAAGGAGUUCCGGUUUUGUCCGUCGGCCGAGGAGCGACAGGAGCUGCUGCUGGAGAAGGAGGAGGAGCUGCUGCAGCGAGCACGAAGGAAGUAUCAUGAACAUCUAUAGAACGUUCUGACCAGGAACAUCACAGGAACCUCGGGUCCAUCACAGAAGACACAGGCUCCUCGAGCUCCGACCCUGUGAACCUGCAACAAGAAGCAGCAACGUCUGACUUGAGCCUCUGAGCAGAGCGGAUUCCAACCAUCAACGUGUUCUCACAGCUGCAGGAUCUCACAACUUCAUUUACUUCAUAUAUUUAUGAAUCAGAGAGUCUGGAUAUUGUUUUCUUUUUGUUUAAAUAAGUCUGAUGUUCUUUUAUUCUCCUGUUGACUCGUUUGGAGCAGCUCCCUGAUCAGUUCCCCAGAGCGGCUGUUUAAUGUUUGUAUUUAUAUAAGAAAAGGGAACUGAUAAAAUAUUUUUUUACUUAAUCAUUUUAUUUUUACGUGUAAAAUGUUGAUCUUUUGUAAAUAAAUGAAAAUGUUGUCAAACUGUUUGAGUUCAUGAGUUUUAAUGAUAAGAAUUAUUUAGAACAAAAUGUGUUCUGGUGAAGAUGUUUGUGAUUCUGAUGAUAAACAAUAAACUUUGAUUUGAUUU